CAACAGCACCCAAGCCCAAGGGUCCCAUCAUCAGCAUCAUCAUCAUCUUCUUCAUCUCCGACACACACCCGGAAAAAAAAAGUCCAAUCAUUCAAAGUUUCCAAAAUCAUUUUAUUAUUAAAUCCUGCCCAAUGAUUCAUCAGCAUCCAUAAAUUUCUCUUUAAAGAGAGACAGAGAAAAAGAAUCCAAUUUUUCUUUUUGACCCGAUUUCUUUGCAUGCUCAUUUCUGGUGCAACCUCGUCGAUCUCGGGGUUUGAGUAAAUCUGAAGAGGGAAGGGUUUUGGGUCGCAGGAAAGGUUCGAUUUUUUGGGGGGAAGUGGGAGAAGAUGAGUAACCAGAGGAAGAGAAAUUUUCAGAUAGAAGCUUUCAAGCAUAGGGUUGUCAUAGAUCCGAAAUAUGCCGACAAGACAUGGAAGAUUCUCGAACAUGCUAUUCAUGAGAUUUACAAUCACAACGCCAGUGGUCUCAGCUUUGAAGAGCUUUACAGAAAUGCAUACAAUAUGGUGCUUCACAAAUUCGGUGAGAAGCUGUAUUCAGGACUGGUUGCUACCAUGACUGGACAUCUAAAAGAAAUAGCCAAAUCUGUUGAAGCUGCUCAAGGAGGUUCCUUUCUGGAAGAACUGAACAGAAAAUGGAAUGAUCAUAAUAAGGCAUUGCAAAUGAUUAGAGACAUACUUAUGUACAUGGACAGGACUUAUAUACCAAGCACUCAGAAGACCCCUGUUCAUGAACUCGGCUUGAACCUUUGGAGAGAAAUCGUUAUUUAUUCCAAUCAGAUCAGGAAUCGGUUACUGAACACACUUCUGGAAUUAGUACAUAGUGAACGCACUGGGGAUGUUAUUGAUAGAGGGAUAAUGAGAAAUAUAACAAAGAUGCUCGUGGAUUUGGGUCCUUCUGUUUAUGUGCAUGAAUUUGAACUGCAUUUUCUUCAUGUUUCAGCUGAGUUCUACCGGGUAGAAUCCCAGAAAUUCAUUGAGUGUUGCGAUUGUGGUGAUUAUUUGAAGAAAGCUGAGAGGCGUCUGAAUGAAGAAAUAGAUAGAGUGAGCCAUUACUUGGAUCCCAGGACUGAAAAGAAGAUCACUAAUGUGGUGGAGAAGGAGAUGAUUGAAAAUCACAUGCUUAGAUUAAUCCAUAUGGAGAAUUCUGGAUUGGUACACAUGUUUUCUGAUGAUAAAUAUGAUGAUUUGGGUAGAAUGUAUAAUUUGUUCCGUCGUGUUCCCGAUGGUCUCUCAAAAAUUCGAGAAGUCAUGACUGAACACAUCAAAGAAACCGGCAAGCAGCUUGUUAAUGAUCCUGAAAGGUUGAAGGAUCCUGUAGAAUUCGUGCAGAGGCUCUUAGAUGAGAAGGACAAAUAUGACAAGAUUAUCAACUUUGCAUUUAACAAUGACAAAUCUUUCCAGAAUGCUUUGAAUUCCUCCUUUGAAUAUUUCAUUAACUUGAACCCUCGAUCUCCAGAGUUUAUUUCGCUGUUUGUUGAUGAUAAACUUCGUAAAGGUCUGAAAGGGGUUAGUGAGGAUGAUGUAGAGGUUACCCUUGACAAGGUGAUGAUGCUAUUCCGUUACUUGCAAGAAAAGGAUGUUUUUGAGAAGUAUUACAAACAGCAUCUGGCAAAGCGACUUCUGUCAGGAAAAACUGUUUCGGAUGAUGCAGAGAGAAGUCUCAUAGUUAAGCUCAAGACGGAAUGUGGUUACCAGUUUACAUCCAAAUUAGAGGGCAUGUUUACAGACAUGAAAACCUCCCAGGACACUAUGCAGGGCUUUUAUGCCAGCCACCCCGAACUUGUUGAUGGUCCUACACUUACUGUACAGGUCCUGACAACUGGGUCGUGGCCAACUCAGUCCAGUGUUACAUGCAACCUGCCAGCCGAAAUGUCUGCCCUUUGUGAGAAGUUUCGAUCAUAUUACCUCGGAACCCACACCGGCCGGAGAUUGUCCUGGCAAACUAAUAUGGGCACUGCAGACUUAAAAGCAACCUUUGGGAAAGGUCAGAAGCACGAGCUAAACGUAUCCACUUACCAAAUGUGUGUUCUUAUGCUUUUUAAUAAUGCGGACAGACUUAGCUACAAGGAGAUUGAGCAAGCGACUGAGAUUCCUGCUUCAGAUCUUAAGAGAUGCCUGCAAUCAUUGGCUUUAGUUAAAGGAAGAAAUGUCCUUAGGAAAGAGCCUAUGAGUAAAGAUGUUGGAGAGGAUGAUGCAUUCUUUGUUAAUGACAAGUUCAGUAGCAAACUAUACAAGGUGAAAAUAGGAACUGUAGUUGCACAAAAGGAAUCGGAGCCCGAGAAACAGGAAACUCGACAGAGAGUGGAGGAGGACCGGAAGCCCCAGAUCGAAGCAGCCAUAGUGAGGAUCAUGAAAUCUAGGAAGCAACUUGAUCAUAAUAACCUUAUAGCCGAGGUCACAAAGCAGUUGCAAUCACGAUUUCUUGCGAACCCAACCGAGGUAAAGAAACGGAUAGAGUCCCUGAUUGAACGGGACUUUUUGGAGAGGGAUGAAAAUGACAGAAAACUGUAUCGGUAUCUUGCCUAGAAUUGGUGAACUCUUUUGUUUUAGUUUGAGUUACAGUGACCCAGAUGUUGUAUCUUUAUAAACUAGGUGCUGUUUCUUCAUUGUUAUCUGCAUCACAAUUCGGACAAAUGUCUUUGGGUGUGAGGAAGUUCUAACAUGUUUUUCGGAUUAAGUUUUUACUUCUUGUUACUGAUAGCAUCCAAUGAAAGUGGGGGAACCAUGCCCUAUUAUCACUAAAAUUUUGGAUCCAAGUCCAGUUUAUGUGCUUUAAUUUUGUUAUAUUAUCAAAGAAUUUGACUUAAAUGGCCAUCAUUCAAAUUUGAUACCUAAAGCCUUCAACCAGAUGGUUUGGUUGUCUGACAAUGUUGCAGAUGCUGCUCAACAAGAUAUAGGUCCUGUUUGUCAAGGGAGCCGAUUCAUGAUGUUCUCUUGUUAGUUAGAUUCAAGUAUUAUGAAAGAUAAUGACUUCUUUGUGCAUGGAUCACAGUUUUGUUUUUGUCUGUCGGUCAUUUUUUGUGUGAAGUGGCACGCUGCUUAGUUCUUAGCCUAAGAAUCUUAGGCAUCUUGUUAUAUUAUUCUCUUUGCUUUGCUGUUGCUCUUCUAUUUUAAUUCGAGUUAAUAGUCAAAAUGGUCCUGAAAGAUACCUCGGCUUCCAUUUUUGUCUCUGAAAGAUAAAAUUAAUCAAAUUCGUCUCCGAAAGAUAACCAUCUUGAUCGCGUUAGUCCUUCCGUCAUCUCUUGCGCUGAGGUGGUUAACACUCGCUGACAUGUCCUGUUAACUGCCAGCAUGGCACUCGCUUAGUGUACCCUCUUAUUACUGAUAAGAUAAGUUUAUUAGAUCAAUUUAAAUCAGUCCCUAAGUCCAUGGACCCUAAUUCCAAAUUUAAUCAUUGGUUGCUUUGGUACUCAUGUCCCUCUUCCUCAAGAUUUUGAGUUUUUGUACAGAUCUGGCUCAAAUCUAGAAUCUAUAGAUGAUGGUUAAUAUGCAUUUGUGGAAUUUAUAUGAGAAAAUAUGGUGUCACUAGGCGCUACUAACUUGCAAAGUAUUGUUGGAGAUAGCAGCAUACUUCCUUUCUAUCUUGAACAGGGCAUUGCCAAUACCAUUGGAAGUUUGCAAAGGGAAGGUUGUUUGCUUCGAGGAGAGCAUAAUCUUCUAGGUGAAGCUUUUCUUGUGAUGGCUUCUGUUGCUGGGAUUCAACAACUGCAAGAAGUUUUAGCACGGUUUUUGGAACCUUUGAGCCAAGAUUGGACACAUUCAGAAUGGCAGGAUAAGUAUUUAUCUGAACCAUAUGGCCUGGUUUACUUGUUCUCAGAAGCACAAGUUAUGUGGUCAAGUUUUCACAGUGUGACAUUCUUUGAGAAGGCACUUAACAGGAGUGGAAUCAAGAAAGCUAAUUGGAAUCCUGAAAACAGCUCAACACUGGAUUCAACUCCUAUAAAUCCAAUACUUAUUAAGUACUUUGUAUUAAGCGGUUCAUGUUCUUAUUUCCCAGCUACUUCGCACUAUACACUCCCUUUGGUCUCCAUCUGUACGUCAAACUUUACCUGGAGAGAUCCAAGCUGCAAUGAUCAUAAGGACGUUGAAAGGUUCACUCUUCUUGGAGAAGGGAACCCCAAGGUUCCAAAGGGUUCAUUGGCUAAUGUUGACAAGAGUAGGGAAGGAUAUGCUGGACCUAAUGAAUCAGAUUUACGAAAUUGGCUAAAAGGAAUCAGAGAUAGCGGGUAAGCACACAUACAUAUUUACAAGAAAGGAAAAAAAAAAACAUUUCUUUUCAUUAGAAUUCAUAAUUUAUGAGGAAAGACUUUAAUGGUAUUCCCCCUUCAUGUGUUGUUUUUGCAAUAAGUGUCUAAAAAGACCAAAAGAUAAAAUUUUCCUGGUGAAUAGAAGAAAGUUCUAUAUCUGAGAGACUAUGACGUCUUUCUUUUGAGAAAGUUUUUGAAUUGCUUCAAUGGUUGAAUUUGGGAUUAGGGUUUAUAGGGAUUGAUUUGAAUUGAUUUAAUAAACUUAUCUUAUCAGCAACAAGAGGGUACACUAAGCUGCUAUGCUGGCAGUUAACAAGUCAUGUAACGGAAUGACUAACGCGAUCAGGUUGGUUAUCUUUCGGGGACGAAUUUGAUAG